CUGAGUGGGAAUGUUACCGAGGAGGCGCUGCCUCGCGCCGACUGACAGCGCGCGGACCGGGGACCCGUCGCACGGACAGAGAGUGAGGAGGUCGCUCAGGGAGACGCCAGCCCGCAGCGUUAGUAACGACCGUCGUAACGAUAAGCCGAUAAAACGACAUAUUCUGAAUUUAAAGAAGGAACCAUGUCCAAGGGACCAGCAGUUGGCAUUGACCUGGGCACUACCUAUUCCUGUGUAGGAGUGUUUCAGCAUGGCAAAGUGGAAAUCAUUGCCAAUGACCAAGGAAACAGGACCACACCCAGUUAUGUAGCCUUCACCGACACUGAGAGGCUGAUUGGGGAUGCAGCCAAGAAUCAGGUGGCACUGAACCCCAACAACACAGUAUUUGAUGCAAAGCGUCUUAUUGGACGUCGGUUUGAUGACAGCGUUGUUCAGUCAGACAUGAAACACUGGCCCUUUACAGUCAUUAACGAUGCUUCACGCCCCAAAGUAAAAGUGGAGUUUAAGGGUGAGACCAAGACCUUCUACCCAGAGGAGAUCUCCUCCAUGGUGCUGCUUAAAAUGAAGGAGAUUGCAGAGGCAUACCUGGGCAAGACUGUAACAAAUGCUGUAGUGACUGUGCCUGCCUACUUCAAUGACUCUCAGCGCCAGGCUACCAAAGAUGCUGGGACCAUUUCUGGGCUUAAUGUGCUUCGUAUCAUCAAUGAGCCGACUGCUGCCGCUAUUGCUUAUGGCCUGGACAAAAAGGUUGGAUCUGAAAGAAACGUCCUCAUCUUUGACCUGGGUGGCGGCACAUUUGAUGUCUCCAUCUUGACCAUUGAAGACGGCAUCUUUGAGGUGAAGUCCACAGCAGGCGACACACACCUGGGUGGAGAAGACUUUGACAAUCGCAUGGUCAACCACUUCAUCUCCGAGUUCAAACGCAAGUACAAGAAAGACAUCAGCGACAACAAGAGGGCAGUGCGUCGUCUGCGCACAGCUUGUGAGAGGGCCAAGCGCACCCUGUCUUCCAGCACCCAGGCCAGCAUUGAAAUUGAUUCUCUGUACGAGGGCAUCGAUUUCUACACCUCAAUCACCAGAGCCCGGUUCGAGGAGCUGAACGCAGACCUGUUCCGAGGAACCCUGGAGCCUGUGGAGAAGGCUCUCCGUGAUGCCAAGAUGGACAAGGCUCAAGUCCACGACAUUGUCUUGGUGGGAGGCUCCACUCGCAUUCCCAAGAUCCAGAAGCUUCUGCAGGACUUUUUCAAUGGCAAGGACCUUAAUAAGAGCAUUAACCCUGAUGAAGCAGUGGCCUAUGGUGCAGCUGUGCAGGCAGCCAUCCUGUCAGGUGACAAAUCUGAGAAUGUGCAGGACCUGCUGCUGCUCGAUGUCACCCCCUUGUCUCUGGGCAUUGAGACCGCUGGAGGAGUCAUGACUGUUCUCAUCAAGAGGAACACCACCAUCCCCACAAAGCAAACCCAGACAUUUACCACCUAUUCAGACAACCAGCCUGGUGUGCUCAUUCAGGUGUUUGAGGGCGAAAGGGCCAUGACCAAAGACAACAACCUUCUGGGGAAAUUUGAGCUGACUGGAAUCCCCCCUGCUCCCAGAGGAGUUCCUCAGAUUGAGGUGACCUUUGAUAUCGAUGCCAACGGCAUCAUGAACGUGUCUGCGGUUGACAAGAGCACUGGGAAGGAGAACAAGAUCACAAUCACCAACGACAAAGGUCGCCUGAGCAAGGAGGACAUUGAGCGUAUGGUCCAGGAAGCAGAGAAGUACAAGGCUGAGGAUGAUGUGCAGAGAGAGAAGGUGGCUGCCAAGAAUGGUCUGGAGUCUUAUGCCUUCAACAUGAAGUCCACCGUAGAGGACGAGAAGCUGAAGGACAAGAUCAGUGAUGAGGACAAACAGAAGAUUCUGGACAAAUGUAAUGAGAUCAUCAACUGGCUUGAUAGAAACCAGUCUGCAGAAAAAGAUGAGUUUGAGCACCAGCAGAAGGAGCUGGAGAAGGUGUGCAACCCCAUCAUGACCAAGCUGUACCAGAGUGCAGGAGGUAUGCCGGGGGGAAUGCCAGGAGGGAUGCCAGGCGGUUUCCCCGGAGCUGGUGGUGCUCCUGGAGGAGGAGGAUCCUCCGGCCCCACUAUCGAGGAGGUUGACUAAACUAGAAAUUGACCAGACUUGCAUGAGCUCGUUCUCUUUCCUUUCAGGCUUAGGGAAGCACUUCCACUGUGGCUUUUUUUGGCAGUUUUUCCAGGCAUUUAUGUUAGUUAAACCAGUUAACAUUUGCAUUAGUGCAGUGGGUUUUUUUUUCUUUUUGAGCUGGUUAUGAGGCUGAAAUGGUCAAUAUUGCACAAUACUUUGAAAAAUGAGACUAAAUAAAAUGUUUUGCAAUUUGGA